ACCUUUAGUGAGUGCACAUUUUGUUUGAUAGGAUGUGCUGGGGAUGAUGGAGAACGCACUGCGCAUGUGCGGCUCAGAGCCACUGUUUGAGACGGAAGACUGCGGAGUAUAUCUCCACUUACUGCGAACCACGAGAAAAACUCAAGAAAAGUGCAGGUGAAAUCAGAAGCAUGUCGGGGUUUCUGGAUGGGAUCAGAUGUGGUGAUUGCGAGUGUAAUGUGGAUUGGGGUGAGAAGAGAAACACCAUCGCCUCCAUUGCAGCCGGAGUUCUGUUUUUCACAGGCUGGUGGAUCAUCAUUGAUGCAGCGAUAAUGUAUCCUAAAGAGGAAGAAUUCCACCACGCAUAUCAUACCUGUGGGGUUAUAGCGACUAUAGCCUUCCUCAUGAUCAACGCAGUGUCAAAUGGCCAGGUGAGGGGAGACAGCUACAGCGAGGGCUGCUUGGGACAGACUGGUGCCAGAAUUUGGCUCUUCAUCGGGUUCAUGUUGGCCUUCGGAUCUCUCAUCGCCUCUAUGUGGAUUCUGUUUGGUGGUUUUGUUGUGACUGACAAGAAGGAUCUGUCAGUGUAUCCUGGUAUUGCAGUUUUCUUCCAAAAUGCAUUCAUCUUCUUUGGUGGUCUUGUGUUCAAGUUUGGCCGAACUGAGGACCUCUGGCAGUGAAGCUCCAUUUCCUUUAAUCAAAUCCCACAGUCCAUCAACACAAUUCCUCUGUACUUAUCGCUGCUUAUUUGCACUCGCUAUUUCUUUCUCUCCCCUUUUCAACCCCUCAGACGACUCGCGUUCUUAAAUAUAUUCCUUCUUCCUUUCUUUGUCUUGUUUCCUGUGUGGCCACAGUGGGUGCACACAAGAGAAAUGCAAAUCAAAUCCAGACUCUGCAGUCUGUGUUUAUAAUAACAAAUUACAUAUAUGCAAUAAAAUAACGGCGACAUAACAUAUUGAAAUUGCAUAAUUCUCAGAUUCAAAGUGCACAGUAGAGCUGAUAUCUUCAGCCUGGCUUUUCAAGAAAUCUCAAAAGGAAAGAAAACAUUGAUUUGCAAAAUAUAGUGAGGUGAUAUUAUGCGACGGCAGCAGGGAGAGUUUUGAGCAGAAUCGUUUGUUAACCAAAAUGAGUGUAACAUUCAGCUUUACUUUGUUUCUAUUUUUAUUGUUUUGUCAUUUGAAUAGAAGUCUUUUCUUUUUUACAUAAGCCACCAAAUUUGUAUCUGUUGGAUCACUUUCAUGCAUCAGUCGUAGCUUAACCUUCUGUCAGUUGACAUCACUACAACAGGUUUUUUUUAUUCGACGUCUUACUUUUGGAAGAUUUUUAUAUAUUAUGUUCUAUGGAUUCCCACACCUUUUCCAGUCAUUCAUUAUUACAGAUUUUUAAAAAUUAUUUUACAGAGAUUGCACUGAGCAAGAUUAGUUUCUUACAGCUGAGCAUCACCAGAAACAUGUACAUUCACUGUCAACUUUUUUUUCUCUGCAACUAGUAGAAACAAACAGCAUAUUUUCCUUGACUGUGGGAACCCUGGUUAUAUAUUUUGUGUUAUGAAGCAUUAAGCUCACUCUCUAUGUUUAUGUUUGGGCAUGUGGGAGUUGUAUAAAAAUGUUAAUGUUUUUUAAAAAAGCACAAUUUCUUAUUAUUUCCGUGGUUAUGGGAGAAUUAAGGUGACGUCAGAGAUUUUGACUCAUCUAUAAACUGACAAAUUAGAGAUUCUGUAAUUUCUACAUGCUAAAAGAAUGUAACAUUUUAAUGUAAUCCAUGUCUCUCUUCUGACAAAAGUAGCUAAACUUCAUUCAACUGUGGGUUUAAAAUAAAUAAAAUUAUUGUAAAUAUG